AUGGCAGAAACAACCGAAUCCCUCCACCGCAAUUUUGAGCUCAAACCCGACGCCAAGGUUUUGACCGGCCAUGUGGGCGACCUUCCAGAAGGCGUCAGCAAAGAUGUCGACUACGAACCACAUCCAGAGAAGUCGAUACCGUUGUCUCAGGAGCAUCAAGCCAUCGUGCAGCACAUUCUGAACCUCUACGGUGGCAGCGCCAGCGAGGAGGACAUGCAAGUGUACGCCGCGAAAGCCAUCUACGACGACCCCUAUUCGUACUGUGAUACGCGGUACAAGAUCGCUGGACAAUGGUACGGUCUUCCCAAGGUCUUCAGCAGCCUCCGAACCCUCGCCACGGAAGUCGUUUCCGCCACGCCCACGGAAAUCAUCUUUAAGAUGCGACACGAAUACACGCCGAAGCUGCUGCACACGCCCAAAGCCGUCGACAGCCUGAUAACGCUAACGAUAGAUGAAGAGGGGCGUGUGCGCUACCACAAAGACAUGUGGAAUGCCAAGGACUAUAGCCAUGAAGGGCUGGGGAAGGUGUUGAAGACGCUGAAUGGCGAUCAGCUGACGAGGGUGACGCAGCCGCCGGAGAAUCUGUGA